GGUCCGACGAAUUGCUGACUAGGUGAGUGCCUGAGCUGCACAACUCUGGAACCGCGAUGUGGAGCCCCUGCAGGACCGUGACACUUAGACAAAACAUGUUCUACAGCAUUUGUGAAGUUUUUCGUUAUUUGAAGGCAGACUCCCAAAGGCUGCAAGUCCAUUGGAACCUGGGUCUGGAAGUGUAUUGAAAUGGUUGUGGACGAGGACAAGGUAGACAACGUGCAUGCUAUGAAGCAGGAUGACAGGGUCGUUUUUCAAGCCUCGCAAGGGGCUGGGAAUACUGGUCCUCACCUCUCUCCGAGCUUCAAACUGCCGCCUGGACGCAUAGGGAUGGCGCCCUCCUUAGCGGCCAGGCCAAGGUUCGAGCGCUCCUGGUCAAGCCGGAUGCGGGAUUCGGUGUCCAGCCACCGCAACGACAUCCUACUGGUUCUGCACCGCCUCAAAGGAAUCAAGACGCCGGUCCUGUUGCAGCAUGAUUUCCAGGAAGCCCUAAAGAAGGCCUCUGAAUUCACCCCAGAGGUGCUAGAGUCCCACUUUGCCAAAAUGCUGGCAGUAGCGCAAGAGGGGGUGGUAGUGGACCCUAUCAUUGCCCUCGCCCUGCGCCCCAGGGUUGCAGAGUGGCAAUAUAUUAAGGUGAACAUGGACGAGCUGUCCCUUGAGGAGAUGUCCGGUACUGAGUAUCUGACAUUCAAGGAGCGCCUGGUCAUGGGGGGCUCUAGUGGCGAGCACAGCACCAUCGACCAGCUCAUGGAGCCGUAUGCAGUCCUGGAACUGGAUUUCGAGCCGUUCAACAGGGCCUUUCCCAAGAUGAACAGGGCGGCCUCGAUUGGGCAGGGCGUGCAGUUCAUGAACAAGCACCUGUCGUCCCAGAUCAUGUCGGAGCGCAAGGUGGGCAUGGCGCCCCUGUUUGAGUUCCUGCGCAUGCACAAGUACCGGGGGGAGUCGCUCAUGAUCAACAACGGACGCAUCCAGAGCCUGGACGACCUCAAGUCCGCGCUAGCAUCGGCUGAGGAGUUGGUGUCAAAGGAAGAGCCUACGACACCCGUGGCAGAGCUGAGUAGCAGGCUGCUGCAUUGUGGGUUUGAGAAGGGCUGGGGCUGCGACGCCGCCACCAUUCUCGCCAGCAUGCGCCUCCUGCAAGACCUCAUCCAGGCCCCGGACCCCGACACCCUGGAAAAGUUUCUGGCGCGAGUACCCAUGGUGUUCAACGUGGUCAUCGUCUCCCCCCACGGCUAUUUUGGCCAAGCCAAUGUCCUAGGGAUGCCGGACACCGGCGGACAGGUGGUGUACAUAUUGGACCAGGUGCGCGCGAUGGAGCAGGAGAUGCUCGCGCGCAACAAGCAGCAGGGGCUGGACUUCAUCACGCCGCAGAUCGUGGUGCUGACGCGCCUCAUCCCCGACGCCAAGGGCACCACGUGCAACCAGCGCAUCGAGCGCAUCAGCGGCACCGAGCACGCGCGCAUCCUGCGCGUGCCCUUCCGCGACGCGCGCGGAAUCCUGCCGCAGUGGAUCUCGCGCUUCGAGGUCUGGCCCUAUCUUGAGGAGUUUACACGCGAGUCCGCGUUCGAGAUCAAGGCGGAGCUGGGCGGCCAGCCGGACCUCAUCAUCGGCAACUACAGCGACGGCAACCUCGUGGCGUCCCUUCUGUCGCACCGCAUGCACGUGACGCAGUGCAACAUCGCGCACGCGCUGGAGAAGACCAAGUACCCGGACAGCGACAUUUACUGGCAGACGUUCGACGACAAGUACCACUUCUCGGCGCAGUUCACCGCCGACCUCAUCGCCAUGAACCACGCCGACUUCAUCAUCACCUCCACCUACCAGGAGAUCGCGGGGCAGGCCUCCACGGUGGGCCAGUACGAGAGCCACUCCGCGUUCACGAUGCCCGGUCUGUACCGCGUGGUGAACGGCAUCGACGUGUACGACCCCAAGUUCAACAUCGUGUCCCCCGGCGCCGACGAGGACAUCUACUUCCCCUACUUCGACCAGGACCGCCGACUCACCAGCCUGCACGAGGACAUUGAGGACCUGCUCUACGGCACGGACGAGGAGCCGCUGGCCAAAUGCACGAUCACGGACCGCAACAAGCCGAUCGUGUUCAGCAUGGCGCGCCUCGAUCGCGUCAAGAACCUCACCGGCCUCGUCGAAUGGUACGCCAAGAACGAGCGGCUGCGCGGGCUGGUGAACCUGGUGAUCGUGGGCGGGAACGUGGACGUGUCGCAGAGCAAGGACAACGAGGAGAUCGAGCAGAUCAACAAGAUGCACGCGCUCAUCAAGGAGCACAACCUGAACGGCAGCCUCCGCUGGAUCUGCGCGCAAAAGAACCGCGUGCGCAACGGCGAGCUGUACCGUUACAUCGCCGACACCCGGGGCGCUUUCGUUCAGCCCGCGCUGUACGAGGCCUUUGGGCUGACGGUAAUCGAGGCGAUGACGUGCGGCUUACCCACGUUCGCCACGAGCAAGGGCGGGCCGGGCGAGAUCAUCAAGGAGGGCAUCUCUGGUUUCCAGAUUGAUCCCUACAACGGAACGGAAGCCGCCGACAAGCUCGCGGACUUCUUCGAGCGGUGCGCGCAGGAGCCCAAGCACUGGGAGGAGAUCUCCAAGGGCGGCCUGGAGCGCAUCUACAGCCGGUACACCUGGAAGAUCUACGCCGAGCGGCUCAUGACCCUGAGCAGGGUCUACAGCUUCUGGAAGUACGUGUCCAACCUGGAGCGCGACGAGUCUCGGCGCUACCUCGAGAUGUUCUACAUCCUCAAGUUCCGCGAGCUCAUCCGCCGGGUGCCGCUGGCCCGCAAUGAGCACCCGCUGGGCCCGAGCGCGAGCCAAAGCCAGCUGGACCUCUUCGCGGUGGACGAAAGCAAGGAGCUCAAUUUCUCCCUCCCCGUCUCGCCGCGCAUGCCGCCCCGCUCUCCUAGGGGAUCCCCCCGGUCGCCCCUGCUGAUCGACGGCACCACGAGCUCUCCACCCGGGAAGGUGUUCCUGCCCCCGAUCGCUCAUCAUAUGUAGGGGACAAGGACGUGGGGGGUAGAGAGGUGGGAUAGGCAUGCUGCCAUGGAUGAGCGCAUGUGACCAUGCAUGCAACGGUUGUCACUGUCGGUUGAAAGGGCAGGGGAUACAUUAGAACAGUCAUUGACAAUGAUAUCGAGGUGAAAAGUGCCGGGGGGUUUAAUGGACUGCCAAGUUCGAUUCGAGAGUGAGGAAUUUCGAGUCCCUUGCAAUUUGGAAUCUGUGUAACGCCAACAUUUUUACAGCAUUCUGUACGCUAGAACAUUUUUGCAGUGUCACAAUAGGUUACGGCCAUUGUAUGAAUAUAAGAACCGUUUACAUUUGAAGGGAGCGCAGCUUUGUAAUUGUAGACAUAUAAUGACCGGAGAAGUUUCUCACGCACAAUUCUUGUACGUCUAUUGGAAAGACCGUUCUUGUACGAGUCGCUCUGUCUGAAUUGGUUACUGUUAGCAGUUUUCAAAAUCUGCACUGACGAGGAUGCUAGAAUUUAAUUACUGUUUGCAUGUUUUGCAAACGCGUGAGUUUGAUUCUGGUUUUGCGCAAGCAUGAUAUGAUAUUUGAUUCGUCAACGAACUAGUCAGGG